AGCUGGGAAUGCCUGUCAGCCAUCCAGGGCGGCUCCCGCAUGGGCCUGGAGGUGGGAGAGUGACUCACGCCGGCCGGUGCCCUCUCCACCCCCGCGCCCACAUGCUCGGCCCUCCCCAGCCCGGGGCUCACCUAAUCCCCACCGUGGGAGUCGGGGGGCAUGUGCGCCCGAGCCGAGGUCUAGGGUUGCACACAGGAGCCUGCGAGUGGAAGCCUCCGUGCAGCCAGCGUCCCACGGGGCGGGCAGCGAGGUCAGCCUGGCCGCCGCUGCCUCUCCAGCCCAGACCCGGCCGGCCACAGGCAGCCGCCGCCCCGCACCCCGGAGGGCAUGGCCGAACCAGAGGGCAGCGGGCUGCAGGUGCUGCUGCACACGCUCCAGAGCUCCUCCGACCGGGCGUCCAUCCUGAGCAUCCUCCAGGUCCUCGGGGACCUGCUGUCCGUCGGCACGGACCGGCGGAUCCGCUACAUGAUCAGCAAGGGGGGCAGCGAAGCCCUCCUGCAGACCCUGGUGGACACGGCAAGGACCGCGUCUCCGGACUACGGCAUCCUCCUGCCCCUCUUCCGGCUGCUGGCCAAGGUUGGCCUGCGAGAUAAGAAGUUUGGACAGAAGGCCCUGGAUUUGGAAGCACUCGACGUCACGUUGAUUCUCGCCAGGAAAAACCUGUCCCACAGCCUGAACCUUCUCCACUGCCUCUGGGCCCUGCGCGUGUUCGCCUCGAGCGUCACCACGGGAGCCAUGCUGGGAAUCAAUGGAGCCAUGGAACUGCUCUUCAAGGUCACCCCCCCGUACACCAGGAAGCGUACCCGGAUCAUCAGGGCAGCCGUGGAGGUCCUGGCGGCCUUGCUGAAAUCCAAGUCUAACAGCCGCAGGGCGGUGAACAGGGGCUACGUCGCCAGCUUGCUCCGGCUGCAUCAGGACUGGCACAGCCACGACACGGCCAACAGCUACCUGCCGAUCCGCCGGGCACUUCUACUCUGCCUCAAGCACAUUGCCACCCUCCAGUCUGGCAGGGAGGCCUUCCUGGCAGCGCAGGGCAUGGAGAUCCUCUUCAGUAGCACACAGAGCUCCCUGGAGGACAGGAGCCUGGAACCCGUCACGUCCGUCGCUCUUCAGAUCCUGAGGCAGUGCUACCCCAAGAGCCCUCUUCCCUUGAUCACGGCCAGCAGUGCCUACGUCUUCCCCGCCCCCGGGCACCUCCCGUCAGAACCCCCACGCCUUCUCGCUGAAGAGGACUUCGAAGAUGAUGGUGACGAAGAAGAGGACAGAGACUCCGAUUCUGAAGAUGCGAAAGAGGAAGACGAUGACUUGGAAACAGACGUCAACAAGCUGAGCUCCAAACCUGGACUUGACCGGCCCGAAGAGGAGCUGAGGCAGUACGAGGCCAUGUGCCUGGAGCUCUCCUGCAGCUUUGAGGACCUGGAGCCCACACCCGGAUAUGACGUCCACCCUGACGCCAACCACCUCCACAUUCCAACCGCCGCCUCCCUGAAGCAGCGUCACCUGGAUGAGGACCAGGGCUCGCGGGGACAGGAGAGGGAAGCUGCCCCCGAGACGUCCCUCCUGAGCAAGGCCAAGAGGGGGAGGUCCCCCGGGCACCCCGUUUCCAAAAACGGACCUGGAACGAACCCGCACCCACACGCCCAGCCCAACGGGCUUGGGGUGGAUCCUUCCGGAAAGGAAGUCCUUGACCUUGAGACUCUCCUCCAAGAGGAUGCUUGGGACAUGGACAUGACCUCCUGUGCAAGGACAGGCGCCUCCCUUCUCAGCUCCACUCCCCCUGGGGGCACUGCGGACGGAAUCCAUGAGCUUCUGCAGACACACCCCCAGCACGUGCCCUUCCACGACCCCUAUGUCUAUCUGGCCAAAGCCAGAGGCACCAAGUCCGUGGCUGACUUCAAGACGCCGGCGUUCCCUGACCUCUGGGGCCACUGCCCAUCUCACUCCCCGGAACCCCUGCUGGAACGCAAGCGUGGGAUCCAAAGGGUGAAGAUAUUCGAGGACAUCCGGAGGCUCCUUCAGCCCAGCGACGUGAUAGACAAAGUCGUCUUCAGUUUGGACGAGCCUUGGCAAGGCACGGCUCCCAACUGCCUGUGGUUCUCCUCCCAGUUCGAGUCCGGAAACCUGCGCAAAGCCAUCCAAGUGCGUGAGUUUGAGUAUGACUUGCUGAUCAACACUGACAUCAACUGCACCCAGUACCAGCAGUGGUUCAACUUCAAGGUGCGCGGCAUGAGGGCCGCCACCCCGUAUCGCUUCAACAUCAUCAACUACGAGAAGCCCAACAGCCAGUUCAACUACGGGAUGCAGCCUACCAUGUAUUCUGUGAAGGAGGCUCUUCUCGGGAGACCCACCUGGAAGCGGACGGGCUAUGAAAUCUGCUAUUACAAGAAUCACUAUCGCGAGAGCAUGGCUGUCACAGGGGGCACGUCCAGGAAGUGCUAUUACACCCUCACCUUCUCCGUCACCUUCCCGCACCAUGGCGACGUCUGCUACCUGGCCUACCACUAUCCCUACACCUACACGGCCCUCAUGACUCACCUGGACCUCCUGGAAAAAAGUGUGGACCCCAAGACGGUGUACUUCCGGCAGGAGGCGCUCUGUCGGACGCUGGGAGGCAACGCCUGCCCGCUGGUGACCGUCACUGCCAUGCCCGCCUCGGCCAGCCCGGCCCACCUGGAGCAGUUCCGGCAGCGUCCGUACCAGGUGAUCACGGCCCGCGUCCACCCGGGAGAAAGCAACGCCAGUUGGGUGAUGAAGGGGGCCUUGGAGUUCCUGGUCAGCAGUGACCCCGGGGCCCGGCUCCUGAGGGAAAACUUCAUCUUCAAGGUCAUCCCCAUGCUCAACCCUGAUGGGGUCGUCAAUGGCAAUCACAGAUGCUCCCUGCGGGGGGAGGACUUGAACCGGCAGUGGCUGGCGCCCAGCGCGCAGCUCCAGCCAACCAUCUACCACGCCAAGGGCCUGCUCUACUACCUGCACAGCGCCGGCCGCAGCCCCGUGGUCUUCUGUGACUUCCACGGCCACUCCCAGAAGAAGAACGUGUUUGUCUACGGCUGCAGCAUCAAGGAGACCCUGUGGCAGGCGGAGUCCGCCGUGGGCGCACCCGCUGUCUCGGAAGAUGUCAGCUACAGGACUCUACCCAGAAUCCUGGACCAGCUUGCCCCCGCCUUCACCAUGAGCAGCUGCAGUUUCCUGGUGGAGAAAUCUCGCGCCUCCACCGCCCGGGUCGUGGUGUGGAGAGAGAUGGGGGUGGCCAGGAGCUACACCAUGGAGAGUAGCUACUGCGGCUGCAACCAGGGCCCCUACCAGGGCCUGCAGUUUGGGACCCGGGAGCUGGAGGAGAUGGGAGCCAUGUUCUGCUUGGGCCUCCUCCUGCUGGAACUCAAGUCCGCCAGCUGCAGCCGGCAGCUGCUGACCCGCGCUGCGUCCCUGCUGGACGCCCAGGACGGGGCUCUGGACCAGCAGCUGCGCAGAUGCAGCAGCGGCGGCGGCGGCACCGUGGAACUGGAUGACGAGCCCCCGUGCUUGGAGGAGAUCGACUACGGUCCCGACAGCAGCUCCGACCGGGAGGGGAGCUGCUCUGAGCUGGACCGGCAGAUCCGGGAGUGGGCCUCCCUGCAGGACCAAGAUGAGGGGGAGGAGGAGGAGGAGGAGGAGCAGGAGCAGGAGGAGGAGGAAGAAGGGCUGGAACUGGGAAGAAGAGACAGCCCAUAGCCCCCAGGUUCAUGGCGAGCUCCGUGACUGCAACCAUUGGACGAGCAGCUGUGUUAUUUCUUCGCCGUCGGACGCGCACACAAUGUGGGUGCCAAAGCCAGCCCCUGUGAGCCCCGCAGCCCUAUUUCUAGAUUUAGUCCCGUUGCACGAAGCGCCGAGGCCAGUGGUACUCUGUCAUGACGCCCUUCUGCAUGUCCUCACGCGGACACGCGACCCAGGAGCCCGGUGUGCGUGCAGUCAUCAUGCCUGCUGCACCUUCUGCGUCCAGCGCUUUCCCACAUGGCUCUGCUCUGGUCCGGGAAUCCCACAUCCGUCGUCCGCAGGACGGCAUUCAGACUUCCUCCGCGACACACACACAGCUGUGAGGGGAGUGACGGACCCGGUUCCAGUCCAUGCAUGCAGGCGUGUCCCGCCUGCAGCGUUUCUGCUCUCACAGCGCGAAGAGCGCACCACGGCCAGCGUUUCACCGGUCACGAGGUCGAGAAGGUAAUUUUGUGGAAACAUGCGUUCUGGGAGGGAGAGAAGUCGUGCGGACUCGAGGUCGCCAGCGUGUGUCUCCGCUCCCAGCCGUCUGUGGUGUCGCCUUCUCAUCAUGGAGUGUGUUUCUGAGAGGAAGUGACCCGGGCAGGUGGCUGUCCGGGGGGCGUGUCCGGGAGCAGCAGGAACGCGGACUGUUUCCUGAUUCGUCGACGUAACACAUUGAUGUGCUGCACCUGCACCUGCCAGGCCCUUCCCUGCGUUCCCCAGUCGCAGAGAGAAGAGACCCACUCUGUGUCCUCAAGUCGCUCACAGUUCAGACAGAGAGACGAACAAAA